AUGGCUCAGACAACAGACAAAAAUAAAAGUAAUGAGAUCGGUGAUAAUAUUUCCGAUAUUUCUAAUAGAGACUCCGUACAGUCUGUAGUUGCUUCUACAUCAAUAGCCCCAGAUAGUGGUGAGGGUACAGUCACUGGUGAUACCACUAUAAGUAAUGAGAUAAAUAAAGAAAAUUUUCAUGUAGAAUCAAAUGAUACAGACACAGAUAAUCUCAAUAAAACUGAAUGUACCAAGGUUAGCGAUGUUUUAGAUGAUUCUGAGGAUAUAGAGUUACAGUGGGAUGAAGAUGAUGGUAACAAUACAACAGUAGAUACUGAUACUCACAAAACUGAUGAUGAAUUAGAAAAUAACCUUCUUGAAGAAACAGAACAGAAUAAUCAAGGCAGUUUAACGAAAUUAGUAAAAGAGACUAAACUUACUUUAGAGGAUAAACUUUUACAAGAACUUAUAACUUCUGCAGAAAACUGUGAGAAUCGAGAACAGAAGACAACAGAAGUUCCGAUGGAAUUAAAUGAAGAUGAAUUACUUCAAGAAGAACAACUUAAAGAUUCAGAAGUUAUGAAUGUAGAUACAAGUGACAAAGAUUCUAAAAAACAAGAAGAAUAUUUAAAGGAAAACACUUUAGAUGUCAGUAUUGUAACGCAAGAAGAAAAUAAAUUUACUAAAAUAAUAGAAAAAUUGAAUAGUGAUGAUGAUAGCCAGCAUGAUCUAUCAAUGGAGGUUGAUGAUGAUGCUUCUGUAGAAGAUUCUACAUUACAAAAAAAAAUUGGUUACGGUCUCAACCAACCAGAUGUUAUGAUAGAAAUACCUACACAAGAGACAAUUGACAUUAAUGAUUUUCCUGAUAGUCCUAUUGAUGAUGGAAUUGAUGACAGUAUGGAGAAGAUGCACAAUAUGAGUGAAGAAGAAGUGGCAGCUCCUUCAGUUGAGAAACCCAAACCAUCUACAUCAACAGUCAUCCCUAAAAUGACCCCUGACACCUGUAAUGAAUCACAAGAAGUAACAGACUGUCUAGGCCUACUAUCAGAGUCGUUUAGAGUAAUGGAUGAGGAUGAGGAUCAAGAUGACGAUGAUGGUGAUGCAGAUGAUGAUGAUGAUGAUUUUGAUCAAGAUGAAAGUAGCAAUCAAAUGACAGCCGAACACUCCGAAGACUCUAGUGCACAACACUCUGAGAAUGAACCAGCAAGAGGGGGUGUAGAACGGGAAGAAGAAAACUUUGCUUUUGAUGAGGUAGACAUAGAUGAGGAUGGUAUUAAUGGAGAGCUAAGAAGAGACAUCAAGCAGGAAAUAGAAGGCAAUGAUAGUGAAAACAGGAUGCCCUUAAUAUCAGGUCUAAAACAUGCGAGAAAAACAUCCGAAAUAAAGAAAGAAAAAAGUGAAAACGAUGGAUCAACAUCUGUAACAAAAGAAAAAGAUGGUACAAGUAAACCCCAGGAGAAUAUAAAGAAAGAAAAAGAUGAUAACAUUUUAUCAACCUGUGUCCAAAAAGAAAAUGUCAGUACAAGUGUAUCACAAGGUAAUUUAGAGAUGGCAGUAGAAGACAAUGUUAUAUCAACAUGUGUAACAGAGGAUAAAGAAAGUACAAGGAAAUCCCAAGGCAAUGUAAUGAAAGAAAAAGAAGACAGCAUCAUAUCAAUAUGUGUUACAAAAGAAAAAGAAGCCAUAAUGGUAUCGCAAGAUAACAUGAAUAAUAAAAAUGAAGAAGCAAUCCCAUCGAAAGAAGCGACAGAAAAAUCGCAAGGGGACACUAUUCAUUCGGAAAACGAUGCUGUCCAACUCGAAAGCGCUGUUCAAUCUAUAGAUCCGGUAAAUAAAGAAAAAGAAGAUGGAACCCCAUUCGGAGUUAAAAUAAAGAUAGAGAAAGAAGAUUUCACAAAACCAAGAAGUACCAUUGUUGCAACACAAAUAGAGACGAAAUAUAUUGAAACCCAAAUUAAUGAUGAUGUCAUCGAACAAGUAAUUGAAAUAGAAACGGUGAAGAUAUCAGAUGAUGAAGAUGAUGAACCACCAAAGGAAACUCAAGAAAAUUUACAGCAGAAAACUGAUAUGACGGCACUGUUAGAAAAACCAUUACAGAGAACAACAGCUUUAGAGAAAAAUACGUUAGUGGAGGAGGUGAUAGCAUUAGAGAAGACCACAGAACUAGAGAAGUCCACAGAGACGACCGCAGCAUCAGAGACUACCGCAUCACAAGAAACUACCGCUGUACAAGAGACUACCGCAGCACCAAAGACUAUCGCAGCACAAGAAACUACCGCGGUAUCAGAGACUACCGCAGCACCAGAGACUACCGCAGCACCAGAGACUACCGCAGGACCAGAGACUACCGCAGCAAUAGAGAAACCACUAGAGAUGGAGAAGACAACAGAACCAGAUGAUGUUACGAUUAAUCUUACACCAAAUGAGACUGAUACUGAAGAGUCACAUCCACCUGAUGGCAUUACAACGUCACCCAAAUCCCCCCGGGUGAAGAACUUGACCGUCUCCACUCUACUUAACACAAACAUUAUUAGUGUUGUAGAAUUGGAGGAGAGCUCUUCGGAGGAGGAUAUUCAGGAAGUAAGCAAAGAAAACCCACCAGAACAUUCAAUAUCCCAGCUACAGAAACUACUGGACUCAUCAUUCAAACCUCCCCCACUGACGUCCAUGACCACAGUCAACAUACCUACUGGAAUUGAUAUCAUGUCAACUUCCGGUGCAGGCGAAAAUAAGACACAAAUCGUCACUAAAGAAGGAGAAGUUGUCAUAAGUGGUGUACCGAAACGUCCCCCUCAGAAAACUGCAAGACUGAAUACUAGUGAAGUAACGAUCAAGACAGCCAGUAGUUCAGAGCAGUCCUUGGUCAUACCAGAAGCGAAGGCACAGGAACAGAGUAUACCACCGGCCCCUACAAGACCAAAAUUGAGUUUGGAGAUAUUUAGUUUAGAUUCUGAUGAAGAGGAAACUCCUGCUAAAGAAUCGGAAAAACUAAAGAAAAAAACGAAGAAAUGCGUCAAUAGCGCUUGCUCCAGUGGGUCAACAGCGCUUGAAGCGGCUGACAUCGCUACCGCUGAGUAUUACGACGCGGCUAGAAAAAAAAGGCCCCUUGUAUGUCAGCCUUGUGCUGAUGCUGUACUCGUCAGGAAACAGAAACUAAUGGCGGGCAUCAAGAACUUGACUCCGUUGUUGAAGCUAGACAGUAGCAGUAGUUCGCAAGACCUGGUGGAGAUCUCGGAUUCGGAGUCGGAAGGUGAAGAUUCAGAGCCUCAGGAGCAGCAGCCAAUGGACACUAUUGGGGAGGAGGCGGCCAAAUUCUUAGAAGAAAAUCUGGCGGAGGUACUGAACGAAACGUGGAAGAAAUAUAAAUUAGACGACAGGUUGAAAGAGACGCAGGAUGAAAUCAAUUCUGAAAUAUUGAAAUUAGAGCAAGAGAGCAAAGAAAUAAACCAAAUGCUAGAGGACUGUCAGCGGGUCACGGACAAGCUCCGUUCAGACUUGUAUGCCACCUUCGAGCACCGCAAAGUGGAGAUACCAUCUCUACUCAUAUAUGAGACACCAGAAUUUACUUACAUGGGACCGGACACCGAAAAUGCUAUACCGGCAGCGGUAAUUAACCAAUCACGGUUGAGCGCCAAACGCAAGUUGCUCACAAACAACGAGGUUCCCGCGAAACGCCCUGCCAUACCGUUAGGCUAUACACCCUUGGAAAGUUCUAAACCGAAAGUUCAGGAAAACAAAGCGGACGACGAUAAAGACAUAUCGGUGGUGAAGCUAUCAGCGGAGUCAGCUCCAGCAGAUCUCCCACCCCCCGGAGAGCUGAGCCGGCCUCCCCUCCGCGUGGGAAUGGCGGUCUAUGCCAUGAAGAAUGCCUUUGGACCCUGGUUCAAAGGCAAGGUGAUCGAGAUUACGCCGAAGAACGGCACUGCUAUACCAUUCACAAUGUGUAGAAUUAAAUUCGACCAUAAACUGAAAAACAAUGGCAAGAUCUUACCGGCGAGAUGUAUAGCGUAUGCUGAACCCGCUGAAGUCCGAAUGACCAUCGGUACGCGUCUUAUAGCGCUGUUUAAAGACGCGAAUAAGCGCGAGUCCUAUUAUUCCGGAGUCGUUGCCGAGAUUCCAAACCCGGUCAACAAUUAUAGAUAUUUAGUAUUCUUCGAUGACGGUUACGCUCAGUACGUGAGCCACGCCCACACUCGUCUAGUCUGUGAGUGCUCCAAUUUGGUGUGGGAGGAAGUGCACCCGUUGUCGCGGGAAUUCGUACGGGAAUAUCUCAUGGCGUACCCUGAAAGGCCUAUGGUGAGGCUCCAUGAGGGACAGCAUCUGAAGACUGAAUGGGAUGGCAAGUGGUGGUCUUCGCGCGUGGCGCGCGUGGACGCGUCACUGGCGCAGGUGGUGUUCCUGGGCGACGGGCGGCGCGAGUGGGUGUACCGCGGCUCCACGCGCCUGGCGCCGCUCUACCUGGAGCUGCGCGCCGCCGAGCGCCACCGCCCGCGCCCCAUGCCGCGCAGCACGCAGCCGCGGGGGGGGGGACCUGGGGACCUGGCGCCGCUCUACCUGGAGCUGCGCGCCGCCGAGCGCCACCGCCCGCGCCCCAUGCCGCGCAGCACGCAGCCGCGGGGGGGGGGGACCUGGGGACCUGGCGCCGCUCUACCUGGAGCUGCGCGCCGCCGAGCGCCACCGCCCGCGCCCCAUGCCGCGCAGCACGCAGCCGCGGGUGAGUGGCUUGUGUGUUAUAUAGGGGGGGGGACCUGGGGACCUGGCGCCGCUCUACCUGGAGCUGCGCGCCGCCGAGCGCCACCGCCCGCGCCCCAUGCCGCGCAGCACGCAGCCGCGGGUGAGUGGCUUGUGUGUUAUAUAGGGGGGGGGACCUGGGGACCUGGCGCCGCUCUACCUGGAGCUGCGCGCCGCCGAGCGCCACCGCCCGCGCCCCAUGCCGCGCAGCACGCAGCCGCGGGUGAGUGGCUUGUGUGUUAUAUAGGGGGGGGGGGGACCUGGGGACCUGGCGCCGCUCUACCUGGAGCUGCGCGCCGCCGAGCGCCACCGCCCGCGCCCCAUGCCGCGCAGCACGCAGCCGCGGGUGAGUGGCUUUCCAAUCUGCUGCCCUACGUGGAAUACACUCGCUCUGUGGAACAGCCAACCAAUAAAGCACAAGAAACACAACCCGUUCCUGUUGCCCUAACUACACAGCAGCAGACCGAGGAAAUCCGUCGUCAGCGCGCUGUGGCCAAGAAAUCCACCACCACGGCCGCGUUGUCCGCUGCCUCGAUCGGACCAACUCCAUUCGGGCCGCCCCUGUCCGGCUCCGGCCCUGGAGGCAGCACCGCCCCACUCGACUCUGACAACAGCAGAGUUGUUUACUACACGCCGAAAAACGCAGUUCGUCCAUACAAGUUGGUCCCUCACACGUGCUCUCCUGCCUGUAAGCGUAGCGACGUCCUCUCCCUCAAGGAGCUGAGGACUUACAACCCUCUGGCUAAACCCCUCCUCAGUGGCUGGGAAAGGCAGAUAGUCCGCUACAAGGGUCAGCGCGAGGUGAUGUACCGCGCGCCGUGCGGGCGGCGCCUGCGCUCCAUGCGCGAGCUGCACCGCUACCUGCGCGCCACCGACAGCGAGCUGCCCGUCGACCUGUUCGACUUCUACCACGCCACGCACUGCCUCGCCGAGUUCGUGCUGCACAAGUGCCUCGUCGGGAAGAAGGAUCUGUCUCACGGCAAGGAGAACGUACCAGUACCCUGCGUUAAUUGCUACGAUGAAUCUCUGCCGGAGUUCUGUUCGUACAACACGGAGCGGACCCCCACUUCUGGGGUCCCCCUCAACUUGGACCCCGACUUUCUAUGCGGAUGUGAUUGUACUGAUGACUGUGAGGACAAAACCAAAUGCGCGUGUUGGAAGAUGACCUUGGAAGGUGCUCGCACAAUCGGCCUCGAGGGGAUCAACGUGGGUUACGAGUACAAACGGCUGCCCGAACCUCUGCCAUCAGGGAUUUAUGAGUGCAACUCUAGGUGUAAAUGCAAACAGACCUGUCUAAAUCGAGUCGCACAACACCCGUUGCAGUUGAAAUUACAGGUGUUCAAGACGCUGAACCGCGGCUGGGGCAUCCGCGCUCUGAACGAUGUACCGAAGGGGGCGUUCCUGUGCGUGUACGCGGGCAAUUUGCUCACCGACGCCACUGCUAACUUGGAUGGACUCAACGAAGGUGAUGAGUAUCUGGCCGAAUUGGACUACAUCGAGGUGGUGGAACAGAUGAAGGAAGGCUACGAGGAAGACAUUCCUGAUGCUGACAAGAAACUUGACAAGAAAGACAGUAUUAAACCAGAGGACUCCGAAGAAGAACCGCCAUCAUCGUCAGAAGAUGAUGAAAAUGCCUCAAAGACUGAUAAAGAAGAUGAUGAUUUCAAGCCAGGGUACGUCGCAUUGGGUGUGUCGGACUUCAGCAAAAGUCUGCGCAAACGCUCUAAGAUCAAGAAGGAAACGGGAGCUAAAGAAGAAGAGGAAAAAGAGAAGGAGAGCAAAGGAGGGGAUCCUGAAGAGGAUUGCAUCACCAUUAGUGAUGACGACGAAGUUCGCGAACCGUCGAGAUUUACUGCGAAUCCUGGCAUGGCUGGCAACGACUUUGUAUCUAAAUAUAGAUCUGUCCGUACAUUGUUCGGUGAGGAUGAGGCGUGCUAUAUCAUGGACGCUAAAGUUCAGGGCAAUAUUGGACGUUAUCUUAAUCACUCGUGCUCCCCCAACGUGUUCGUUCAGAACGUGUUCGUGGACACGCACGACCCUCGGUUCCCGUGGGUCGCCUUCUUCGCCCUCUCGCACGUGAGGGCCGGCACGGAGCUCACCUGGAACUACAACUACGACGUCGGCUCCGUACCCGGCAAGAUCUUAUACUGCUACUGCGAAGCACCGAACUGUAGGGGACGGCUAUUGUAA